CAGUAAAUUCAGGUGGAUCUGAUGCCGAAAGUGAGAACGAAAGCAUUCCUGAAUCUAGACGUUCCCAACGUCGGAACAGAGGGACUGAGCCGCUGAACGAAGGUCCAGUGGUAUGGCAGGGUUCUGCGGCGGGGGAUGUAGGGGAGCCUACAAAGUCUAGUCAGUAAAGACUUUUAUUUUGAUAUUGCGUUGACGUGAGCGCCGCCAUUUUGUGCGAGGAGUGACAUGGUGAGAGAGAGAGAAUUGGACCACCGGCGAGAGAUAAGCUGAAGAGUUAAUUUCAGGAAUAAUUACAACGGUAAAAAGUAAAAGAUUCCAUUGCCUAUUGUGUGAGGAGAGUUGGCUGACUUAUCGGAUAGGGUCGUCUAUUGUCCGUCUUCUCAAUUGGAUCUCCGUUAGCUGGGAUUGCGGCCUCGCUGGAUCAAGCUACAGUCUUGAGCGUGAGCACAAUCGCUAAGGGUCAUUGAGUGAAGAGACAUAACCCUGCCAUCCGCUUGACAUCAUUCAACGCCUCAUCCAAGAUAUAAAAGUGGUGCUGAUGUGCUGUGAAACCUCGUUAAUGGGGGUUCCCUGCAAAAACGACACGGACGAUCUGAAUAAACAGAAUAACCACAUGGACACUGGAACUGGUGGUGAUACACUGGGGACCAAAGUGCUUCAAGACUCUAAUAUUAAAAGUAACACACUUGAAGAGAUGUACGAAGGACAGACAGCAGCCAGCUCUCAGGGUCCCUCUGAUACUGAACAAGAGGUUUUACCACCACAGAACAAGCCACAGAAAAAAAGGGGACGUCCAAGAAAAACAGUAAACAACCAAGACAGUGAUCCAACAAAAAUGAAGUCUGCCCCCAGUGAAGUACCUGUUAAUCACGACAGCUCUGCCAUUCCAGAAAGCCCUGAGAUGACUCCAAGUGGACGCCCGAAGAGAAAAGCUGCCAAAGUUGCUCUGGAGUACCUUCACAAUAUCAGCAAAGACCUUGAAAAGUUUGAAAAAUCCUUCACAAAGAGAGAGCAAAAUGGACUGGGCCGGUCGAGCAGUCCAUCUCAGAAAAAGCCCUCAGGAAAAGCCAGAGGGAAGAAAAGGAAAGCUGCAGAUGAUGACAGCGAUCUGAACGACGAUGCCGACUUUGACCCAGGGGACCACAGAGAGGUGGAAAGUGAGGAAGAUGAGGAUGACGAUUAUGAAGAUUCGGAGUCAUGUAAACAACACUAUAAAAACUUGCCGUCUAAUCACAAGGUGGUUGGAAAUAAUGGGCUUUCCAGCAGUGCCAUGCAACCCAUUUGGAAAUCCUUUAGAAACACCAAAGAAUUCCGUGAUAAGCAUUCAUCCUCAUGGGUGUUUCCUGAGUGGAUUCCUUCAGUCAGUGACUGGCAUCUAUUGUCUUUCAGGGAGGCAGAAAAAUAUUUACCCCAGGAGAAGGAGUCAAUGAGUUUUACGUUAGACCGCGAGGGAAUCAAGGAACAGGGUACGCUGCAGAAGGUGAAAAGGUUUGAAUCCAUGUCACCGAAUGCAGAAAGGUGGGACUCUCUGUUCUUCGUUGGAGGCCCCGUCUGGGCCAUGGAGUGGUGUCCUGUCCCUGAAGGUGCUGCACAUACGCAGUAUGCUGCUCUUUACUGUAACAGAAAUAUGGAUGACCGGCACAAAAUUAACACACUUCACACAGAACAUGCUCUCCUCCAACUAUGGGAUCUAGGCAAGCUACAGAUGAGUAGACCUUUAUCAUCCCCGCGCUUAGCCUAUGCCCUGGCAGUGGAUGAUGGUUGCAUCUGGAACCUGAAGUGGUGUCCCGCAGGAGCCUGGGAGGUUCCUACAACGGUACGAAAGGCCCCACAUGUGCCUCGAUUGGGACUGAUAGCUGCUGCCUUUUCUAACGGAAAUAUUGGUGUUUACAGUCUGCCACACCCAGAGCAUCUACAAGCCCAAAAUCAAGCUACAGGAGAAAGCAGCCAGGCACCACAGAUAUACCAGGUGCAGCGCAUCAUGACUCUGCAGGUUGGCGCAAGCCAGGCAGAUCACAAAGGCCGAAGUGGACUGUGUUUUGCUCUGGACUGGCUCCCACUUAAACCACACAACAUCCUGGCUGCAGGUUUCUGUGAUGGUAUGGUGGCUUUGUGGGAUCUGAACACCAAGUCUUCCUUGCUUAGAGUUAGAUCUCCGGACAGAUCUAUCUCUCUCUACCCCUACCACUGCUUCUUGGCUCAUGAGAACACCAUUCGCUGCCUCAGCUGGUGCAGAGCCUCAAGUGAAUUGAUGGUGACAGUAGGGGAUGAUCGUAUGAUCAAACUGUGGAACUUGACUAAGACCUGCACUCCCCUUAAGGCAAUAAAGCGCUUCCUGCACACUGAUGUGUCCUGGCCUAUCUUUUGGCCAGGAGUUUUUCUCACCCAGGAGUCCUGCUAUGCCACGCUUGGGCAGCAAGGACUUCACUACUUUGACUCAGGUUACUUCGGUUAUAAGCCUUUAUUUGUUUGUUCAAGGAAAGCUACUGUAUGGAGCUUCUCUGUAUCCGACUGGAUGAACUCCUGUGUAAUCGGGGACAACAUUGGAGAGUUUGUUUGCUCUGUGCUGUGUGACCCAAACUGCAAUUACAGCAACAGCAAGAGACAUCGAUUUCCGGUGUACAGGACAGAGCUGGUGCAGUUUGAGCCUGGUCAGAGAACUGAGGAGGAGAAGGAGGAAGAGCAUGACUCAACCCAGCAGGAGCCACAGACCUACAUAGGCGCCAUAAGAAAAUACUACCUCCGCUUCCAUGACAUGGACCUUAGAUCUUUUAUAAAAUAUCAGCAGAAGCCUAUAUUGAAGCAGCUGCAUGCGUCCGAGACUAAAGGCCUGCUUUCUGUCGAUCAGAUGCCUCUGAAUGCACUCUACAAAGUGUGCUUCAAUCCAAACAUGGACGCUCACUCCUGGGUGCUGUCAGCUGGCCAGUCGGGGCUCGUGCGUGUUCACUGUGUUAGUGGCCUGGAUGGUCCCGUUAUGCACAAACUCAUUCACGAGGCCCAAGCACAGUUUAGCACCAUGUUCUGCUCUCAGGAAAAAGACACAUCCGCUACCACUGUCCACCAGUGCAUGGCAGAGACAGUGCAAGUGCCCUAGAUGCUCUCAAAUAAGCCAUGUAAACACCAGUAUAGGCUUUAUGGUGUGCUACAUUUCAUCUAAAGUCCAAUUCGUAGUUUUUACUCUUCUAUGACUUUAUGUAGACUAUCCGAUUUUUAAAAAGGAAAAAAAACUCCUAACUUAUUUUGGGGACUGGAAAAAGAUAGAUUGCGCUAUUUUGAUACAGUUUGUGAAAGGUUUUAUAUUUUGUGCACUUUGUUUUUAAUUCUUUGCUGUGUUGUACAGGUAUACAGCAAAGGAAUUGGGUCAUCAACAGCAAUAGCACUUUUGAGCUGUUCUAGAGUUUUCUAAAAUGAAGGCUUUCUAGGUUUGGUUUUAUUUAUAAUGCAAAUGUCUCUCAAAUGUGUUAAGCAUUUGUUAAGUUUUGUAUCAUGUGUUUGUGUCCUAAUUAAACAAAUCAGCAAUAUAUUUAGAUUUUGAUACUUUUUUAUUUUUGGCCCGAUCAUUUCCAAGGUUAUUACUUUACUGUGUUUUGGUGGUUCGGUUGCUUUAUCAUUUGAUUGGUCGUCUGCCCUGUGAACAACUUCCCACAUAAAGUUGUUAAGUGCACAGAAAUGUUCAUCUGUCCUUUCUAUUCUCUCAUCUCUGUCAGAUGUGCAGUUCUUUACUAAGUGCCCUAAUGACUGACACAAGCAGAAAAUAUACUUGUCUGGAAAGUUGUCCUAGAUCUAUUCAUACUAUAUCUGACAUCUUUAUGUAUAAUAACCAACACAGUCACUGUUCAGCACUGAGUUAAUGUUGCCUCUCAAAUGUAAUAGCUUUUUGUGAUGAAGUGUGAAGCAAUACAGCUGAACACCUGCCUCAUUUUUCAUGCCUUUAAUUACAGAACUCAGCAGCUGUAAUUAGCUCCCACAGACACACAUCUGAACAGUGUGGUGUUUUUUCAGGCUCGUUAAUGAGAGUGCUUAACAUGGUGCUCUGUUUUCCUUCAUUUCGGUUAUUUAAACUCCUUUGUGGGAUCAGAUUAGCGCUGUAUGUAUGUUCCUGAGUAUCAGAAUUAUUUCUUUGAGCAGUUGAGGGUAAAUCACCACCACCAAGCAAGCAUUUUAUGGUUAAGUUGGUUAACGCAUAGUUUCUUGGUUAAGAGCUUAAACACUUCAUAAGUCAGGGUUUUUUGGCCGCUUGUUCAUUUUAUUGUGGCUUACAAAAAGCUCACUUUAUUAAACAUGUAGUGACGAACGAUAACAUGUAGAUACAUAUAGUACCACCAUAAAACAUUUACACAAAGGACUUUGUUUAUACAAUAUGCAAAACAUAUAUACACCCAUUCACAAGGACUUUGCAGACACACAUUAAGAGUAUUUACAGUUUUCACGGUAACACUGUCUUCUAAACAUAGCACAAAAAAGCAGGACACAUCAGAAGUGACAGGACAUACAGUAAGAGAUUAACAGACAUUCUUCCUUAAAUUUAACUCCGAUUUCUUUUUCACAUGAAUAUUACUCUUUAUGUUGGUAUAUUUCACUGAUCUGCUAACCUCAUUAAUCUGUUUGUUAUACUGCAUAUUCACCCAAUGCAAUGUACAACUUUAAUUUCAUUUUCAUGUUUCCAGUGGGAAAAUAAACUCCUCAAUGUUUGA